UUCAUAACACAGGCGGGUUCGGUGUUGCUAGCUUUGCUGCAGGUGCUUCCAGUCCGAAUAUUGUGAAUCGGUCUUAAGAAAUCUUUGUCCGCGUGUGUAUUUUCACCGAAAGGAACGUCAAAAAUACCAUAAAAAGACAUUUUUUUGUGAUCGCAGUGAGUGAACUGAGUAUUUUAUGAAAUUGUGCUGGUAUACCGUUGAUAUCACCCCCAGAAGUUGGUGUUUUGAUGAAAGAAAUAUCGCCAAAUUACGGGCCUCGGAUACUGAACGAAAACGCGGAGUUUUCAAUGAAUGGCCUGCGUUAUUUAUAACUCUGGCUCUGAAAUAGAUCGGUGACAUGCGACUAACGCGACCAAGACAGUAUUUUCCGAUAAAAAAAACUCUUUUAAAUCGUAAAAUUAUCCAUAACCUGUGAUCUUUUAUUUAAAAAAAUAACUCUCACUUAAGUCAAAACCGUUUUAGACAGUAUUUUCAAUAUUUAACACGUAAAAUUAUCCAAUAACUUGUGAUCGUUUAUCAAAGACAAAUCUUCUUAAGUAAAAACUAUCCAAAACUUAUAAAUUAUUAUUUAUUAAGAAUACUCAUUGCUGUGAGUGUGCUGUAUAUAGAAGGAUUGUGAGUGAUUUUAAAAAUCUAGUCAAUGUAUAUAGACGUUGGUAGACCCUACGGAAUGGGAAUCAAGACCACUAUGAAGGCAGUUAGCAGGCAAAAAGAUAUACCGACGCAGGUACCACCACUUACGCCUGGUACCAACAAAACAAUGGCGGAGGCGCUUAAGGCGUCUUUCGCAUCCUGGGAAAAAGAACAGCAACGGUUGUCUAUACCCAAAGAUCCCAGACAGUGGACCGAAAACCACGUGGCCCAUUGGCUCCAAUGGGCGGCCAAGGAAUUCUCUUUAGAGAAUAUCCCCCUCCAUCACUUUCGCAUGAAAGGCAAAGACAUCUGUGUUAUGGGCAAAGAUGCUUUUGCCGCUCGUGCGCCAGCUUUUGUGGGGGACAUCCUUUGGGAGCACCUAGAAUUACUCCAACGAGAUAUAGAACGCGAAAGGCUGACAAACACGUUAAAUCCGCUGUAUGAAAACGUGUGUGUUCCGGAUAUCCCCCAAUACAUCGAUUAUUCCCAGACUCCAGUAGUUAACCCUGCUGAGGACAGGAAGCCUGUCUCUGUUGCUAAUACACCACCUCCCAAUCACGGCAGUGCCCCUACGCAACAUACCAACAAUAAUUUCCUUCACGACGGCACGGGGAGGUAUACGGACACCCCCUACACGGACGCCUAUGGCAGCCCGUACGCGGAUUCCUCACCCUAUCAGACGGUGCCCAGCGGCGGCUCGAGCGGGUCCGAGCAGUGGGGCCACCCGACGGCCGGCCACGACAUGGCUAUGGGGGGCGGGGGCGGUGGAGGCGGCCCGCCCCCCUCGCACCAUCCCGAUAUAAAACCGACCAUGCUCCAGAACGGCAUGAUUGCAGGAUAUCAUGGGGGAACGGGAGGACAUGCCGCGUUUGGCAGCCGUUACAGCGAUUCCUACGGGGACAUAUAUAGUUCGCCCUACGACACCUCGCCCUUCCAGACGGUGCCAGGAGGCGCGGGAGGUGCCCAACCCUCGCCCGGUGACCAGUGGCCGCCCAGCCACGAUCUGGGCGCCCUGGUGCACCAUCCGCACGCCCACCCUGGCUUCCUGAGCAGGGGAGAAGGGGGACUAGGGCCCCAUCAGGACACCAAACCUAUGAUCCAGAAUGGGAUGAUAGGGUAUGCCGGAGGUGCUGGUUCGGGAGGGCCAUGUUUUACAGGAUCAGGCCCCAUCCAAUUAUGGCAAUUUCUCUUAGAACUUCUGACAGAUAAGUCCUGUCAAGGCUUUAUAUCCUGGACCGGUAAUGAAUGGGAGUUCAAGUUAACCGACCCAGAUGAGGUUGCGAGGAGAUGGGGUAUAAGGAAAAAUAAGCCCAAAAUGAACUACGAGAAGCUUUCUAGAGGGCUCAGGUACUACUACGAUAAGAAUAUCAUCCAUAAAACAGCGGGGAAACGCUACGUAUACAGAUUCGUAUGCGAUUUGCAGACUUUAUUGGGGUAUACUCCUGAGGAGUUACACGCCAUGGUCGACUUUAAGCCAGAGAAAAAAGAUGACGACUGAGGAUUAGCAUCGACAAAAGGAACAAUAUGACAAUAAUAUUUUUAUAAAAAGUACGCAAUUUUUCGGUGCCUAAACAAGUAACAGUGCGAAAAAUUCAAAACUCGCAUUUUGUUCUUACAUUCUGUCCAUUAUUUUUUUUCUGUAUAUCUCUUUCAAACCAAAAUUUAUAUUUAAAUUUAUAAGACUUUAAUAUAGAGUGUAUCCAAGAAUUUACCAGAUAUGGGAAAAAGCUUAUUUUAUCUUGUGAGAAAUUUUUAAACUUGAUAAACAUUUUUACAAACUGGAAACAACUAGUAAAAAUUCGUCUUCUUAUACCAGUUUCUUAUAUUCCUCAUAAAUAUAAAAUUCACUUAAAAAUAAUAAUGCUGCAAUAGUUUUUUUGUCAUUUGUCGAAAAAUAUCACUAUGUUAAGAUAACAAACAAUUUAAAUAUGAAAACAACAUUAUAGAAUUAACUUUUUAUUAAAUUUUCAUAUUUUGAGAAUUUAUUUAAUUUGCAAUUUAUUCAGAUACAGAGUAACCUUUAUCAAUAAUAACAAAUCUUGGAAAAACUUAAAAUAAGUAUAUUUUUCCCAUAUAUGGGACUAAACUUCCUGAACACUAUAGAUAUAAUAAAGGAUGUCUCAAAACAUGUGAUGUUUUACCAAAAAAAUGUAUUGUUUAUAAUAUAUAUUUAAAAAUAAAUUGAUAAGUUUUUAAAGCAACAUUACCUGUGUGACAAAUUUGUUUCAACAUUAUACCCAUCUGGUCAUCGAAACUGGGUGGUCUGGAUUUUAACGUGUAAAAUAGUGAUGUGACAGCUUAAUGGGCAAUCAAAUGUAUUAAAAAGAGAUAAAAGUUGGUUCAUUUCUUCUAAACCGCACAAGUUGGCGUUUACGAAAAAAGUUGCAUCUAGGGUUGGAACUUUAUUUUUCACAAUUAGUUACUCAUUUUACUACAGCUGUAAUCGAUUAUAUUUAGCUUAGAUACUUAUGUUAUCUUCAUAUCAGUAGUAUGCAAUGAAAGUUUUUAAUAUAGUUUAUUUUUUUUCCACGCACGUAAAAACCGGCAACACUGUAUGUCGUGUAUGUGUAUUUUUAUUUUGCUUCUCUGGCUGUCAACCGAUCGUUUAUAUUUAUCUCUGUCGCAUACAUUAAAAUAUAGACUACGCAGAAGAAGUGACCAGGAUGGUAUAUUGUAUAAUAGAAAAGUUUCUUAAAUAGAAUAAAAAUAUAAAAAUUAAAAAUAGAAUCUAUUUAAAAAUCCACUUAAUUAGUAAUAUGAACGAUAUGAAGUGCUACGCUCCAUAUACAGGGUGUUUCAAAACAAAUGCGAAAAACUUUAGGGGUGAUUCCUUGUUCAAAAUAAAGGGUAGUUUGCUUCAUA